UCCCGUUGUUUAUUUAUAACCUAUUUAAUGUCAGUUUGACAAUUGACGUUGUUAGUGCUUAUAUAGUAAUUAAUUGUGUAUAGUUUUCGUAGUUAGGUUUGAUAAAAUAAUAGUCUGUGUUUGUUUUGGACUAUUAAAGUAAAAAUACCGCUCUUUGUUAUUUGUACAAAUUACAAAAACAUUUUUAACUUGUACAGAGCCGAGCUGAGAUGGGAAGACCGAAUGAUCAGUUACCACCUUCAGAGGCACUACCAGGGAUUGGGAACAAUCAUCUUGUGUUCCAUGACGGAAAGGGGUUUUAUUACAUAUGCAAGGAGUUUUCUACUUGCUUGUAUAAAAGGCAGUUUGAAUGUGUGAGAGCGGAUUGUGGGGUGACCGCCACUAUGGGUCCGGAGCUGGGCUCCCCUCUACUGGACAGUGGUAGUCACUGCCACCAGGCGGACUGGAGCUAUAGGGACAAGUGUCUGAUGCUGCACACCAUCACACAGCGCUUCUUGGAGGAGGACACAAACCCAUCACUUGUCUUGCAGGAUAUUCUACUUGAUUUCCCCAUAGGAGACUACAAUGAGGUCUACCUUGAAGAUUGCAAGUACCCAUCAGAUGACAUGAAGGUUGAAAUUGUUUCAGAAGAGAUUGAAGAUAUUCAUCAAAGCCAAAUUAAAGAAGAGAGUGAUGAAGGCCAAUCUGAGGAUUUACAAGAAGAUACUAUGGAGAAUAAAGCAGGAACAAAAAUAGUUGGAGCUUUUCGAAAUCGAAGACGGGACAAAACAAAGAAGAACUUCAAAGUUUCAAAAUCUCCAGAAAGAAACAUACCUGUGCAGGAACCAGUAACAGAUGAAAAUUAUCCACUCUCUUCGAAUUUCGUGGUCUAUCAUGAAAACGACAUUCCUGCUGAGGUUUUUGGUGACCUCAAUUCAAGUGUCAGAGAAGAAGAGGAUAGUCACAGCGGUAUUGAGGAUUUUGAUGUGACUGAGAUAAGACAAAGAGCUCCACAAAUACGAGAAGUUAUAGCCGACAGUGAAGGUUACAUGUAUAACAGGAACAGGACUGUCAAUGGUACAGUGUAUCUGAGGUGUUCAAGAGCAAAGUUCGGCUGUAGAGCGACAGCAGUAAUGAGGGAGGAAGGAAAGGUCGAGUUCACCCCCUCACACUACACCCACAACCAUCAGCCUAACCCACGACGCAUCAUGAUACGCAAGUUUGUCAUAGCCAUUCUCGCAGUGGUGAAGAAGGAGGCUAGAAAACCUGAGAGAGAAAUUCGACCUUUCAGAGAAAUUUAUAACCAAACAAUUUCCAGGUACCCAAUCUAUGCCCCGUAUGUCAACUACAAAAUGGUUCAUAGAGCUGUGAAGAGGGCUAAAGUGCUGUAUUAGUGAAUCUGUGAUGUGUGUCUUUGGAGAGUGGAUGGACUGUUUGGUUCAUUAAAAAAUUGUUUUUGAUGAUAUUGUAACUUAUUUACUUAGAGUUUUAGUAACUUACUUUAUAUUUUAAGGUGUAUGAAGAUUAAUAUUGUAUGAUUUAGUUUUGUAAAUAUUAUAGUGUUUUACAGAUUAUUGAUAGGUUAACUGUCGACAUUCUAAAUAGUCCAAAAGUAUUAGUAUGUUGGCAAUUUAUACUUAAAUUUUCAGUAUAAAAAUUUUUCGGUAUUGGAAAAAGGUACAUGUUUAUGAGGGUAAUUUGGAAAGUAUGGUCCAAUUUAUUAAACACUAAAUAACAGAUUAAAGUAAAAUUGUUUUAUUUAA